AUGAAGUAAAUUUGGAAAAUAUUGGAAACCUACAUAAGGUGUACAAAGUUUUUAGUCAUCUUGUGCUACCAGUUCAAAAUUUUACAUGGUCGUUUGGAGCUCCUAUUGUGAAUAAUGUACUGAUGUUGAUUAUGAGAAAGCAGCUGCAUAAUCCUGCUGCUACUGCUGUUGUGAAACUAAGCUGGUGUGGAGGGAUGAAAAAUGCGUUUGUUUGUGAGUGAUUCCAUGAUAGACCUUGCACUUUCUGUGCAAGAGUUAACAGAUAGUAAGAAUUCUGAUGUUACUUCGCAAAGUAAAUAUUUCUUCAGAUAGCAGGAACUUUGAGGGUUAGAAUUAGAACCUAGAAGAAUGGUGUUUGGUCAAGUAGUGAUUGGCCCCCCUGGUUCCGGCAAAACCACUUAUUGCAACGGGAUGUCUCAGUUCCUCCAGCUGAUCGGACGGAAAGUUGCUGUUAUCAAUCUUGAUCCCGCUAAUGAUGCUUUACCAUAUGAGUGUGCUGUGAAUAUUGAGGAUCUAAUUAAGCUGAGUGAUGUAAUGGUUGAACAUUCUCUUGGUCCCAAUGGAGGGCUUGUAUAUUGCAUGAACUAUCUCGAGAAGAAUAUUGACUGGUUGGAGUCUAGGUUAAAACCUCUCCUUAAAGAGCACUAUUUACUUUUUGAUUUUCCGGGUCAGGUGGAACUAUUUUUCCUUCAUGACAAUGCGAAGAAUAUGAUUAUGGAACUUAUAAAGAAGUUAGAUCUUAGGUUGACCGCAGUCCAUUUAGUUGAUGCCCAUCUUUGCAGUGAUCCAGGGAAAUAUGUGAGUGCAUUGCUCCUCUCUUUAUCCACCAUGUUACACUUGGAGCUUCCUCAUGUCAAUGUUUUGUCAAAGAUUGAUCUAAUUGAAAGCUAUGGAAAGCUAGCUUUUAACCUAGACUUCUACACAGAUGUCCAAGAUUUAUCAUAUCUGCAGAAUGAGAUCAGUCAGGAUCCUCGCUCUGCUAAGUAUAGAAAGCUUACAAAGGAGCUUUGUGAGGUGAUUGAAGAUUAUGGACUCGUCAACUUCACACCUUUAGAUAUCCAGGAUAAAGAGAGCGUUGGGAAUCUAGUUAAGCUAAUUGACAAAAGCAAUGGAUACAUAUUUGCUGGCAUAGAUGCAAGCGCUGUUGAAUUCAGCAAAAUUGCAGUUGGUCCUGUUGAUUGGGACUACUACCGAGUUGCAGCAGUGCAGGAGAAAUACAUAAAGGAUGAUGAAGACUUUAUGACGAGCAACAGUGAUACAAAAUAGUUUGUCCAUAUGGGCUUCUGAUAAAAUCUCCGAAUACUGCAUCUUACAGAAACUAAUUUUAUUCUCCUAAUGUAUGGUAGGAUUCCGUCCUCAUUUUGUUCGUUUGCAUGCCUGUAUUUACUCGUUAAAAGAUGAACACUUGGUCACUUUUUCUGAAACCUUCAAUUGUACAACAAAAAUAGAUAGAAGGGCUCCUUUACAAUCCUCUGAUACAAUGUUCAUUUCCCAUGA